AUGGAGACUAUCAAGGCAGUCUUUUUCGGGCCGGAUCCGCAAGUCCAGAUGCGGAAAUGCAACCAGCUCAUCCGAUCAAACACCCGACAACUAGACCGCGAUAUCUCCCAACUAAAGUCUCUUGAAAGCAAGACCCGUCAGCUCAUCGUCAAUGCGUCGCGUCGAGCACAGCGAAAUCCAUCGCAGGCGAAGCAAGCGACGGCCGAGACCAAGACGUUUGCUCGUGAAUUACUCCGAAUCCGGAAACAAAACACACGCCUCACGACGAGUCGCGCCCAGUUACAGAGUGUGCAAAUGCAGGUGAACGAAGCAUUCUCGGUGCGCAAAAUCCAGGGCAGCCUCAAAAAAUCGACUGGGAUCAUGAAGGAUGUCAACACUCUUGUUCGUAUGCCGGAGCUCAACAACACCAUGCGCCAGUUGUCCACUGAGCUUGUGCGAGCCGGGAUUAUUGAGGAAAUCGUCGACGAUGCGCUGCCAAACGACGAGCUCCUUGACGACGAACUGGAGGAGGCCGACGCUGAAGUCGACAAGGUUCUGCAGGAAGUGCUGCAGGGCAAACUGUCCAAGGUCGAACCGGUCCGUGUCCAACAGCCCGUGGAAGAAGAGGCGCCGGCAGAAGCAGAGUUUGAAGACCAAGAAGCCACUCUCGAGCAAAUGCGCGGCCGGCUGGAGGCGUUGAAGAGUUAA